GGCUGAUCGAGUGCGUCCUUCCGUGUGCGUGUGCUAGGUCCGGUUGCCGUGUUUACGUUAGUUCUUGAUCGGUUCUCUUCGACUGUGUACCUUCAUUCCUAUGGACAUGCCGGUCCGCUCUGAGAGCACCGAUGGGUCCGGCUCCUCAGGGCGCAAUGGCUCCAACGACAUGCUACCAGCGGCAGACACGUGGGGCUCGUGGCACGUGGCAGGAGAGUCUCGCAACCGCUGUCUCCAGUUUCGGGUGAAGAACGACCAUGCCCGGGUGAGCUGCCUGCUCUGUGCCACCUCGAUGGGCAGCCCACGGUGGUUGGUACCCUUUGUAGGACGUCGGCUGCCUCGAGAGCUGGCCAAGCGUCUUGCACAGGCCUCCGAGCCAGAGCUGGUACAGGCAGCUUUGUGUUCCAGUCUACAAGCUGUACACGAUGCCUGGCUACAGAGCCUGGAGCCAACACUGAGUCGGCGAGAUGAACUGCUCCGAGCUACUGACCAGGGUCCCGGAGAAGCAUCCCUGGCUGCCCUCGAGGCAGAGCUGUCAUCGGGGUGCUCUCUGGCUCUUGCAGUCGUCAUGAAUGGCAAUCAGCUGUACGUUGCCAAUCUGGGACGCACGCGGGUAUUGCUGCUACGGGGAGGAGAAGAGCCCAAGCUGCUGACGGUGGAGCACAGUAUAGACAAUGCAGAUGAGUUGGCCCGCCUCGUUAGUCUUGGAGUGGACACCGACGCCCUCACCGAGGAAGUCGUUCCCGUCACCCGUUGCCUCGGUGCACACCCACGCCGGCGGCGUCCCGACGGGCCUGACCCGGUGUCCAACGAACCAGAAUUUUGUGGUCCACUAGAGGUGGAGCCUGGCUGGCGGCUUCUGUUUCUGUCGGAUGGUCUUUGUAAAGCCCUAAACGUUUCGGGAAUGCUAAACCAGGUGUGUAUAUUCCAGUCGUACUUGUGCGGUUAUAUCAAUGGAAAGAAUUCUAGACAAAUCGACGUGCCAGUUUAA